AUGUAUGAUGGGAAACAAGAGUUCGAUGCAGCAGUCACAAUAGUCUCCCUCCUCGGGAUAUUAGUUGUGGUAGGCACGCUCUGGUACAACCUUGAACCGAUAAUCAUUAGAUUUUUGGAACAAGAUGAUACGACAGUUCUACUUCUAGUUGACGCAGAGGAACAUCCUCACAAAGAUGUGGACAAGCAGGUUCCUUCCACUGAGGUAAAGGAAGAGACCUCAAACCAGCGGGAGUGGUUGCCAGGGAUGUUAGCUAAGGAGCAGUAUGAGACCUCAAACCAGCCGGAGUGGUUGCCAGGGAGGUUAGCUAAGUGUUUCGCUCUGCAGAGGACAAUAGAGACUCUCUUCACCACCACUACUAAACCGGGACAGGUGCUCUGUCUGAACGGCAUCAGGGUUCUCAGUAUCAACCGGGUGGUUCUUGGUCACGCCUAUUCAGCAUUAUUCAUUGGUGGUUAUUCGUACAUAACAGAGCUCGUCAAGCGAAGAAAUUUCAUAGUGGUUUACAAUGUUAUUCCCUCUGAUUCUUUCUUUGCCUUGAGUGGGUUUCUGGUGACAUAUCUCCUGUUAAAGCAGCUUGCCAAAAGAGGUGGUCUCACUCCUUUACAAUGGAUUGCAUUCUAUGUACACAGGUAUGUGAGACUAACAGUGCCAUAUUUGGUAGCCCUGCUGAUUGAGGGGUGGCGUUAUAGAUUCCUUAUGACUGGACCACGUGCACAGCAAACACAAACAACUGAUAUGGGCAGUCAUAAGAUGUGCGAAGAGUACUGGUACACCAACGUCCUUUACAUCAACAACUUGGUCCCCUGGAAGGCUGCAGCCACAUGUCUGGGACAGGGUUGGUAUCUGGCCAACAAUAUGCAGUUCUUCCUGAUAGCUCCUCUCUUUGUAGUGCUCCUGUUCGGGACACCAUUACUUGGAGUGCUAGCCACUGGUGGUACUAUGAUCUGUAGUGCUGUAUCCGCUGCUGUCAUAACAACUGCAGGCAGUAACCUGGAUGAAAUGUGGCUACAAUACAAUAAACCCUGGAUCAGGAUAACACCGUAUCUAGUGGGGAUAUUAGGGGGCUGGUUUUAUUGGAAAUGGGGAAAGCAGAUCUCGGAUGGAGUGAAGACUCUGCCAGAGUGGCAGAAAGUGAUGUGUGCUACACCAAUAUGGGCAGUAACCGCUGCUGUAGAGUACGCUGUGGUGUUCGGGUUGUGUGAUGAUGCCCAGAAUAUGCAGAAAGGGAAUCCCGAUGAAGCGGAAAGUGUGUUUUACCAGAGUUUAGCAAGGAUUGCAUGGUCUCUGUCACUAACCAUACAGAUUCUUCUCUGUCAGUGUGGCUUGGGAGGGUUCAUAAACUCCUUCCUCAGCUGGAGUGGUUGGCAGAUCCUCUCCAGACUCACCUACUCCGUCUUCCUCCUCCAUUUAGGUCUGAUAACAGCGCUGUUUGGUCAGAUGAAACACACUCUCUUCCUCAAUUCGGACUUUGAGUUUGCCGUACUCUAUCUGGGAACUCUGGCUAUGUCAUAUCUCUCUGCUGCUUUGUUGUACCUGGCUGUGGAACAACCUGUCGCUAAUCUAGAGGGUAUCACAUACAGGAAGAGCAUUUAG